UGGGGGUGGUGAUGUGGGAGGUGAGACAGGAGAUGGUUUUGGUGGUUGUGGUGGAGUUUGGGGUGGUGGGGCUUUGGGGCUUGAAGCUGGUGCAAUCUUGGGAGAAGGUGGUGUCACAGGAGCUACAGUUGUAGGUGGUGGGGAUGUUGUUGGUGGUGUGGUUGUAGUGGGAGGGGAUGCCACCACUGUUGGUGGCUGUGUUGCCACCGGUGGUGUGGUAGAAGAGGGAGAUGUUGCAGCUGGGGUUGUAGGUGGCAACUGCACUGGGGGCACAGUUGCAGGUGCUUGGGCAUUGGAAGGUAGCUGGAAGCAGAGGCACACUAAAACCAAUGACCAGAACACCACAGCCAUUGUAUGUUGA